UGCUGUGUUUUGUGUCUGUGUGCUUGUCACCUCUCGCUUUCAGCGCCGCUGGCUAACAGAAAUGUGAAAAGGUGAGCAGUUUGUCAGUCUCACCCUGCCAGUACAUAGCCUCUCCACAUCAAGUCCUAUGUAGUACCUCCGCGUGGGAACAGAUGGAUACUGAGCACCGAAAGGCCUCAGGCAUAACUACAAGGGCGACGGGAAGAUGGGUCUCGUGAGCCUAGGAAGGCAGCCUGCCUAGGAGAAGGAAAACUCUGAUUUCAAAUCCCGGUUGGUGGUAACCGUUAGUCCUUUCAAGACAACCACUCCAGCUAUUGGACAAAUAGUGGGGAGAUCACUGCCCCGGCGGAAGAUUGCUGCCAAGCGACAACGGCAAAGGGCGUAUGAGGGCAAACAAUGCCACACCGGCCAGUGACCCGUAUGGGGAAGGCUACAUUCCAGAUGCCUUUACAAAACCACCUGGAACCUUUAGGUAGGCUAAUCCCCCGCUUAGAGGUUAAAACGGAUUACAGAAACACGAAACGAAAAUUUACAAACCUUGGAUGAAAGAGAAAGAAGACCUUUACAUAGAAGGAGAAUGACGUUGGAUGGCCAAAACCAAAAGGAAGCUACACAACUGAGACUUCUGAACUCUAAAUCCGCAACAAAGAUAGGAACAUGGAAUGUGAGAUCUAUGUACAUUCCAGGAAAAGCGCAAACCAUCGCCAAUGAAAUGAAAGCAUAUGAAAUAGGCAUACUAGGAAUAGCGGAAGCAAGAUGGAAUGUUGCAGGACAAUCAAAACUAACAUCAGGAGAAAUGAUUAUAUACUCUGGACAUAUGGAGGAGAACGCUCAACAUUCUGAAGGAGUUGCCAUUAUGCUGUCAAAAGAAGCUCAGAAAACAUUAAUUGGAUGGGAGCCAAUAAGUGCAAGAAUCAUCAUGGCAAAAUUCAAGACCACAAAUAAAAGGAUAUCAUUAAACAUCAUCCAAUGCUAUGCCCCUACAUAUGGUGCAGAGGACAAUAUCAAGGAAGAAUUCUAUCAAUUGCUGGAAGAAACCACCAGGAAAUGUAGCUCCAAAGACAUCACAAUCUUAAUGGGAGACCUAAAUGCUAAGGUAGGAAGCGACAACACCGGUUAUGAACAAGUGAUGGGAAGACAUGGGCUAGGAGAAAUGAACGAGAAUGGAGAGCUCUUUGCCAACCACUGUGCAAAUCACAAUCUGGUCAUCGGUGGAACAGUUUUCCCACACAAAAAAUGUCAUCUAGCAACAUGGGUAUCUCCAGACAUGAACACUGAAAACCAAAUAGAUCAUGUCUGCAUCUCCAAGACGUUUAGGAGAAGUUUACAAGAUGUCCGAGUUAAAAGAGGAGCUGACGCUGCCACUGACCACCACCUUAUUGUAGCUAAUGUCAAAUUGAAGCUGAAGAAACAUCAAAAUAUUGAAUCAACAGGAAAACGAUUUAACGUAUCAAUGUUGGAAAACAAAACAAAGAAAUCAGAAUUCCAGAUAGAGCUAAAAAAUCGCUUCUCAAUAUUUCAGAAUGCAGCAGAGGAAAUAAUUUCAAUAGAAGAUCACUGGCAAGAGAUUAAAAAUGCUUUCACGACAGCUUGCGAAACAUCAGUAGGUUUAAAAAAUAGGAAACAUCAGGAAUGGAUAACGCCAGAAACACUUGUAAAAGUAGAAAAAUGGAAAAAUAUAAAAAAUAUCCUGAACAACAGCAAAACAAGAUCAGCAAAACAAUCAGCCUCAAGAGAGUAUACUAUAGCUAACAAGGAUGUCAGGAACAGUGCAAGGAGAGAUAAGAGGGCAUUUGUAGACAAACUGACAGCAGAAGCAGAAGAAGCAGCCAGAGCAAACAACAUCAAAGCUCUGUAUGACAACAUUAAACUGCUAACAGGGAAAUACCAGAAAGGAAGUAGACCAGUCAAAAGCAAAGAAGGGAAAACACUCAACACACAUGAAGAGCAAAUGAAAAGAUGGUUGAGCAUUUCAAGGAUGUGCUAA